UUUAAGGGGACUCAUAACAGCGUAGAACGCUAUGUUGUCUCGUGUGUUAGAGGUAUGUUUAGUCCUUUAAAUGUAGGUUUCUGGGAAAUAUAGAAAAUGUGAAAUCAUAAGCGCCUUCGUCGACCACAUUUCGUAUGUUAAACUUAGCUAAGCGUUACUUUGUCGUGAAGCUCGCGUCUUUCCUGACCCCGGCACACCUCUGAGCCCGCAGGUUCACACUGAAUAACUACCUGUCAUGUGUGUACCAUGUGAGAUUACCCACUGUAAUCACUAAUAAUUUCAAACGAAGAGCUCUCGGUUUGUUGUCGUUCGUCCUGUGGAAUAACUGUAACCCGUUCAAAAGUUGCGGUUUGAUUUGACAUUUCUAAGUGAGCACAUUUUACUGAGCUGACUGCUAAAGGUCCUAAAAAUAGUUCACAUAUUUGCAAAAGACUCUCCUUAUGAGGGCUAAUGCAAUUGUCUGAUGUCAGCAUCGCACUUACGCAGAAUGAACCAAACAAUAGAGAAGGACCUGUAUGCUGUCCUGGGAGCAAACCCCUCAGACUCGGUUCAGCAGCUCAGACACAGGUACCAGCAGCUGGCCUUACAGUACCACCCAGACCGUCUUGGAGGGGAUUGUUCUUCCGAAGCAGAGUCUGGUGUGAAGAAGUUUCUAGAAGUUGAUGCUGCAUGGAGGGUCCUUAGUAACCAAACCACUAGGACACAAUAUGACUUGCAAAGAAGAGCAUGGACACUGAAACAGGAUUGGCCAAUAGAUUCUACAGUCUAUGUGGAUGACAUGACCUGGGAUGAUGAUCAGGGUCUAUAUACACACUCCUGUCGCUGUGGAGGAGUAUUCAGUGUCACUGAGGAGGAACUGGAGGAGGAGCCACAGAGGAAACAGCAAGAUGAAGGUGAAAAGGAAACGGAGGAAGGACGGCACAAAGGAGCAAUUGUUUGCUGUGAUACCUGUUCUCUCAGUGUGUAUGUGACGGGGUCAACUGAUGAAAAAGCUCAAAAAUGUCAGUAAUAUUAAUACUUUUUUUAUAAUUUCCAACUCUGACUCUGAGCCUUUCUUAUAAUCAUUAGUAUUGACAUUUUCCUUUCAAGUGUGCACCAGUCAUUAUAUGAUCAAUACUGGCUUAAACCUGAGACUCGCAGCUCUUAAAUGUUUUGCAUUAUCCACAAACCUUUAUUUUGGAAUCCCCUGUUUUUGGUGUCUCAAAUGUAAUUGGAGAAAUCGACACUAAACAAUAUUAUACAAUACUACAAUAUUAUAGCAAGGACCACAACAAUCCGAGCAGGCAUUGAAGAAAGAACUCCCUUUUAACAGGAAGAGACCUCUGACAAGAGCAGGUUCAGGGUGAGUGAUGGAAAGAGACGAGAUAAGAAAACUUACUGGUUUUUACCUUGUGGAGAAAAUAUUUUCUCUUAAAGUUUUCUCUUUGAUAAAACUAUGCCUACCUCCAACAGCAGGGGUGUCAAACAUGCGGCCCGGGAUCGACCCAGCAAAGACUUCAAUCUGGGGCACUGUAUAGCUUUGGAAAAUGUGAAAGGGGGCAUGGAUUUUGAAUUUUAACUGUAUUUCCAUACAGUUGAAAAUCUAUGAAAAAUGUAAUUCCACUGUGUUCUUGAUAGCCAGCUUUUCCUGCUUAUUAAGACCUCUCUCACAGCCAUUCAUGCUACAACAGAGUCGUUAUGAAACGGAUAAACAAUUAAAGGAAAAACCCUG